AUGAGACCUCCGGCAGAUAGAGUUACCGCGGCAUCAGCCAGCACUAACGGCAAGUCCCCCGCGGACCAGGUGGAGAGCAAGUUUCCCCCAAUGGUCGGGUCGAUGGUUGCCCCUCUACCGGGCUUCGAUGACACCAAUGCCGCCUGGAGUGAAUUAGCUCGGCUUCUAUCUGUUGCUGCCAACAAGGAGGUUCCUCGUACUCCUCAAGCCCCGACCCUUGAGCCCAAGAUACCAGAGUGGACUACGGUCCGUGCCCCUGCCCCAAGCCCUGCCUUGCCUGCUAGGCCCGAUUGGAUACCGGACACUCCAGCCAGCCCUCUGUAUCUCCAUCGAGACAUGAACUUCAGGCAGGCCCCCAACCCUCUUGUCCAGUUCCUGCAAAUGCAAGCUGCAGCUGGGGCUGCCAGCCAGGUACCCUCGGCUCCUCCUCUGCCCUAUGGGUCUGGCCAGGGCGACUCUAAUUCUAUGGUGUCACCGUUUACCCCCACGGGUGGCGUGCCGCCGGUAUCGGCAGCCGCAGCAGUGGGUCUGGACGGUGACUUGGCUGGGCUGGCCGCCUGGGGAGCAUCGUGGCCAUCUUCUGGUAUGAUGAAACGACACAGCACGAGUCAGCCUCCCACCCCCAUCCAAGAGGAAACGGUUGGUGAAGGAGGAGAAUUCUUUGCGCCCCCUUCGACCGGCCAAAACCGUGUCGUGUAUUAA